CUUUUUAUUGAUGGGCUAGGGAAAGAUGUUAUUUAACUAAAAACAAAAGAAGUCGGUGCCAUAAAUCACUUAACAAGGUUUCUCACGCGCAAAUUACUUAACUAUCGAUGAUGUUUUUUCGUUUACUUCUGUUUUGCUAUUUAUGGUGAUCAGACGUAAGCACGUUGUGACCGUUUAAUGCUCGCUUCUGAAGUCUCUUAGUUUGCCUUUUAACAACUGUGGACUGUGUAUCUGGACUUCGAGAUUUUGCUUCAGUGACUACCCCGGCUAGUAAUUUGGACUCUGUUUUGAUUCUUGACUUUACAAGUUGCUAACCAAAAUGGCUACUCCUCCAUCCCCUGAACCUGGCCCGUCAAAUUGGGAUCUCAUAUCUAUGGAGUUAUCCGGAAUGAUGUCUCCCAGCCAUAUAAACUUAUCAGACAUGCCAUGCAUUGAUGCUAUUAUAAGUGAUGCAGAAUUGUAUGGGAUUUUGGCACAGGAUGUGGAUAACUUUCUGGAAGAUUUGGUAAAUGAAAACACAGAAGAUGAAGAAGCCGUUUGUGCUGAAGAUCAGUUAGAACAGGACGUUGAAAAUACAACUGAUUGUCCCCCUAGAGCCCCUAGAGCCCCUACUACCGAUUGGUUCAAUGGAAACCCCUCGAAUAUGGCCGAGAUUCCUUUUACGGGCACACCUGGUUUAUUACCGCCUCAUAACAUGAGUGGAAAAACACCGAUAGAUUUUUUCUUUUUAUUUUUCAAUAGUCGUAUCAUUGAUUUAAUUUUAAACUGUACAAACAAGUGCGGCAAUGAAUUGAAGAUUGCAGCACGCACCGCACAAGCUCGUUUUACAAAAUGGAAGGAGAUAAGUCUUGAGGAGUUCACGGUAUUUAUUGGCAUAAUUUUAUUUAUGGGUACCGUGAAAGUUAAUAGAAUGGCCGAAUAUUGGUCUCGACAUUAUUUAAUGCGCCUAAGCCCACAUUCAUUUAUGGCUAGGGACAGGUUUUAUUUAAUAUUAAGAGCAUUAAAUGUCCAAGAUGAAAUGAGGCCGGAAAGUAUUUUUAAAGUAAAGUCGUUAAUAGAUAUGUUCAACGAAACAAUGUCCACAACUUAUUACCCAUCCAAUAAUGUUGCAAUAGAUGAAUCCUUGAUUUUGUGGAAAGGACGUCUUUCUUUCCGCCAGUAUUUAAAAGGGAAAGUCCAUCGUUAUGGAAUUAAAUUAUAUAUGUUAGCUGACAUGAAUGGCCUAGUAAUAAAAAUUCAUUUAUAUGCUGGUUCUGGGGAUCAAUUGGUAGGUGGAAAAAAUCAUGUAAAAAAAGUAGUAAUGUUGUUAAUAGAAAAAUAUUUAAAUAAAGGCCAUUCACUUUAUAUUGAUAAUUAUUAUAGCAGCGUUGGUUUAGCAGAGGAGCUUUUAGAUAAAAACACGUACGUAACAGGUACACUACGAGCAAAGCGCGCUGGUAAUCCCACUUUAAUUAAUAUAAAAUUAAACACCGGUGAAUCUUGUAUUGUUCACAAUUCCAAAAAAAUUGUUGUUACCAAAUGGCAGGAUAAACGCGAAGUGCUGCUUUUGAGCUCGCAGCAUAAAAGCAUUUACAAAGGGACUAAUAGUCGCCGAAUACGCACUAUAAAGUAUAAGCCUGAUGUACUAAUUCAGUACAAUAAAUACAUGAGAGCAAUUGAUAGGCACGACCAGCUUUUAAGUUAUUAUUCCUGCAAACACAAAACCUUACGUUGGUAUAAAAAAGUUAUAAUCCAUUUAAUCCAAAUAUGUUUGGUGAAUAGCUUUCUUUUAUAUCGAGAAAUAAGCAAAUCGAAUAUAGAAUUAUAUGAUUUUAGAAAAAGUGUAUUAGAAAAUUUAUUAAAGCCACCAACCGUGCCACAACGAUCCCUUGUUGAAAGAAAAAUACAUUUACCUAGUACUUUUACUAAGAGUGGUGGAAGGACAAUGAGAAAGCGAUGCAGAGUAUGCUAUAGCAAAACUAAAAAAAGAAACUUGGUUAUGUAUGGUUGUUCUGAUUGCCCAGAAUUCCCAGGGUUAUGUCUCACCCCAUGCUUCCGAGAAUAUCAUAAAUAUUAACAAAUGUAUUAGAAAUUUU